AUGGGCGUCGGCAAUGCCAUCUCGACUCUGCUAGCUGGAUGGUUUGCCGACAAGAGCGGCCGAAAUGUCGUGAUUCGCUUCCUCACGCUGUCGACGGUGAGCUGUGGGUUGUUGGUCCAGUCAUCGAGGACACUGGGACAGACCCUGUGCUCGCGCUUCCUCCUAGGCCUAACUUCGGGAGGAUUGAUGGCUGCUAUCAUACCUCUAGUUGCCGAGCUCCUUCCAGCGCGCCGCCGUGGCUUCUACCUGACUGUGUGGUGCUGUGGAAGGCCUGCGGGUGCGCUGCUAGCCGUCAUCCUCAGCUGCUUAUUGCCAAGACUGGAUUGGACCAAUUUCGUGUUCAUGAUGUCGGCACCGGCAGUGGUCCUCUACGUCCUUUGUCGGUUGGACGUCAUGCCAGAAUCUCCGCGUUACCUUUACUUGGCUGGCCGUCGAGAAGAAGGCUUCCUCACCUUGGCAGAGAUGUAUGACAAGGAGAUGAUGUGUCUGCCUUGGGGGCCAGACUCAGUGUCCCUAACGACAUCCUCCGAGGUCAAGGAGGUCAAGUCCGGGCUGAGGUCCCUUGGGAAUUCUGAUGCAGCCAUAACUGCCUGGCUAUGCCUCGUCAUUUUCUUCAGCCAUUGCGCGUCCCAGUGCAUGCGGGCGUGGAUACCAACGAUCCUCGCAACGGGAUCCUCCCACCAAACUCCGGUGAUGCUGCUGGCACUGUCCCUGCUACAGGCAGAGAGCCCCCAGCCGCAUGCAUCGCCUGGCUUGGACCGACACUUGGUGAUGGUGGCAGCCCAGGGCUACAUGCUGGAGAUCUGCGGCAUCGUCAUCUGUGCUGCAAUUUCGUUUGUGGCUUCGCUGCACAAACAGGUUACCGGGUAG